AUGGGACCGAUAACGUCAAAACUAGUCGAUUCAUCUUCAAAAUCACCUGACGCACUUUCAAAACCCUACGAGAUACUUGGAGCAAAUAAGACCGAUACAGAUUAUGAUUUACGUAUAGCACACCGUGCACGAAUUCUUGAAUUUAAACAAUAUCGACUUCAAAAUCCAGAAAAUCAUAAAACUGCCGCUGAAGUCUUUCGAGCAUUUUGUCGUGCUUAUGAAACAUUAUCUGAUCAUGAUAAACGUAAAAAAUAUGAUCAAAAUGAAGAAUGGAUAAAAAAUAUACCUUUAGAAAACUAUACUUUACAACAAUUAGCUGCUGAACCUGAUCUUGCAAGCGAAUUAAAAACUCGUUUACAAAAUGCUACAUUAAGAGAGAUAAAUGCAAAAGAUCCACAAACGGGACACUCUGCUCUUUAUUGUGCCGCCCGUGCUUGCAAUGUUGAAGCUGUCAAUUAUUUAAUAGAACUAGGAGCUGAACUCGAUCUAGCACAAAGAACAGGAAGUACAGCUUUACAUGUAGCU